AUGUGGGUUGUUGCUUUUGGGGAACCUCCCAUCGACUUCCUCGCUUCAGAGUGGAUUGCACUCUACCAACCAAUAUCGCUUGCCUCCGGUGGAAAUGACAACUGCAAUGUCGAGAUACUGCUCAUGGAUCAUGUCUUUGGGGCCAGUUAUGGAGCACCGUAUGUUGGCGAUUAUGAGCCCCCACACUGCGACUUUGAUACUGUGCGAAUCAAUCUCACGGUUACCUCUCGUGGAAAGCAGUAUGACCGCUUGGCACUCAUGUAUCUUGGGGAUCAUGAAGUGUUUCGGACUUCAACGGCAGAGCCGACAGCCAAUGGAAUUGUCUGGACAUAUAUCAAAGAAAUGUCGCAGUACAACUCGCUAUGGAGGAGUCCCCAGAAGCUGAUAUUUGACUUGGGAAAUAUCAUUAAUGAUGUUUACACCGGCACGUUCAAUGCCACAUUAACGGCGCAUUUCUCUACAGGGCAGAAUUCCAAGACUGCGGAUCUGAUUCUUCCAAUCUCUGCUAGAAAGUCAGCAUCAGACUCCUCAAGCGCCUUUAUACUCCCCACAGACAACACAACUGUCAAGUACGAGAUCCCUGCUGCGGCAUCGCGUGCUGUUGUGUCAAUAUCGGCAUGUGGACAAUCAGAAGAAGAGUUCUGGUGGUCCAACGUCUUGUCUGAGGAUACGCAGGACUUUGAAAGCACUGUUGGCAGGCUAUAUGGGUACACUCCUUUCCGUGAAGUUCAGCUCUAUAUCGAUGGAAUCCUUGCUGGGCUUGUCUGGCCAUUCCCUGUUAUAUUCACUGGAGGCGUAGCUCCUGGAUUCUGGCGUCCGGUUGUUGGAAUCGAUGCAUUUGAUCUUCGACAGCCGGAGAUUGACAUUUCCCCAUUUCUUCCCAUGAUCCAAGAUGGGGGAAAACAUUCGUUUGAGAUCCGGGUGACUGGACUCAACGUCUCGGCAGAUGGGAUUGCCACAUUUGCAGAUACUGUGGGUUCAUAUUGGGUCGUCACAGGAAAUAUUUUCAUAUAUCUCGAUGAUAACAGCUCAGCCUCUAAAGCUAUUGCCACUGGUGACAGCGAUGUGCCUACAGUGGAAGCUCCCUUGCCAGCGUUUGCUGUGACUCGGAACCUUAUCCACAAUGACACUGGGGGAAAUGAUUCCUUGUCAUACUCUGUGGUUGUCGAGCGAGUCUUCAGUGCAACCUCUUCUCUAUACUCGUGGUCUCAGAGACUAUCAUUCUCUAACCAUGGUCUCCUCAACCAGCAAGGAUACAGCCAAGCUAACAGACAAGUCACAACAGGGAAUAAUACUAUAACCGAGCUCGGAGAUACACCCAUCUCACACAGCAUCGCAUUCCAGUACCCCCUGGUUGUUAAUGCAAUUUAUGGUAUCGCCUCAAAUGGGAUGACUAUUGACUCUUGGAUGAAGAGAGGUCUCGAUUUUGAGGCAACAGGAGGGCUCGGUAUUUCCACUUAUACCUUGACCUUGGGACCAUCAUAUCUACACACAACUCAGUCUGGGACGGCGCAAUAUAAAUCCGUCGCUGAUGGAAAGUCGAGCUCUUGGGGCGAUACCAUCAAUCUGUUUGACAGUCAGAUGAAUGGACGAUCGUACCACCGAUCCGUUCAUGCAAUUAACGGUACCGUUGUACACGACACCGAUCCUAAAGGCAAGAACUGGCCUUCUUCUCCACGUGAUGAUGGAGAUAUUGGGAGAGACAGUGGUCCCGGCGGCGGGAAUGUGGGCAACCUGGGGAGGGAGGUAGGCGAUAUCCCGUUUGGGACACGGAGGUUUGAAUCCUUAUUUUCCCUUCUUCACAUAUUUUACCCCGUCUCAUCCCCUUCGCGUCAGUACUCAUUGCGACGCGCCUUUGCAAUGGAAGUUCCUACUUACAGCGUCGAGGGUACCGAUCGGUUGGUCCACCGAUUGGCGGAAAUUUAUCCCACAGGCAUGUUCUCCGAUUUCACAAUUUACACCGCGGACCAAACCUUGAUGGUGCACAGACUCGUGAUCUGCAGUCGCUCUGAGGCUUUUGGCAGAUACCUCGCUAAUAUUCCCAAUGACAGCAAGCAGGCCCAUGAGUUCGAAAUUAAGAACGAGCAUCCACGAGUCGUCGAAGCCAUGAUACGAUCGUUCUACGGACUAAACUACGACAUCAACAAUUUCCAGCUACAAAUGUGUCCCAUGUUGUUCAAUGUCAAGGUAUACUCCCUUGCCAACAAAUUCGAGGUGGAAUACCUCAAGAUCCAAGCAAAGUUAACCUUCGUCAAUGUCGCUCAAGAUAAUUGGAACUCAGACGAAUUCUUGACGGCUGCGUUUGAAGCAUACACAACAACACCGAAGUCGGAUCGAGGUCUCCGGGAUGUGGUCGUCGCCAUUUGUCAGAAGUACAGGAAGGAUCUGCGCCUGAAGAAAGGGUUCGAGAAACUGCUAGAAGAAACUCCAGGACUUGCUACCGAUGUCGUGCUGCUUUCUCACAGUUGGCUGCCUCAGCCUGCUUCUGAAAGGGUUCGUAUCGUUCAGUCUUUCUCUUGUCUUUCUUGUUUUGCGAAAUGGCAGGUCCAGGUCGGGAUGGUAGAGGACUUUCUUGAGUGCCCGUUCUGCCAUGAAAAUAAAAUCGGGGCAUUCUAG